AUGACGACUCUACUAUCCCUUCUGUGCGCCGAAAACUGGUGGUGGGACUCGGGCGAGGAGAGCUAUAUCAAGUUCCACGAGGAUGGCACCGGCGAGCUGGUCGCUCGCUGCGAGCUCUGUUUAUUCAUUGCAUCCCAUUUCAACUGGAAAGCGCACGAUCCAGCUUCUUUAAGCAAUGAAAUCGACUCUGCGACUUCCUGGCUGUCUACCUGGCGGCCAAGCGAUAUUGGCCAGAUUGACAUCGAAAUGACACUCACAACCCGCCGCGUUCAAAUGGGCAAUAUGGACAUGAAACGAUGGAAGAUCAACGAGGACAUACUUACCGAAGACGCAUUCCUUCCUAGGAGACUUACUCUGCGGUUGCAGAAAGGCAGAUUCAUGACUCCCACAGAUGCUCGAUACGUCCAUCGGAUUUCAUACUAUUUAACCUUCCACUAUCGUCUCUCCUGCAGCCCUUCGCCGUUUCCAGGACAGGAUAUGUGGAAGGAUGCUGGUGGAGCGCCAGAAAGCCUUCGGUUUUGGGAAUGGAAGGAGUUCGAGUCUCAUGAACGGUCGGUUCAGUGGCAAAUGGGUCUGGGGGGGAAGAUAUUUAAUACAUGCAAAAGGGCUAUAAAUUUGGAUUGA